AUGAAUGCCCCAGGGAAGAAGUUUUUAGCACCAUUGUAUGGAUCGUCUUUAAAAGCAUAGAAAUCAAUACUAACGAAGCGAGGAUCAGUAAAUUUAGGAGCAGCUUAAACAAUAGCGCCACCUUUGCUACCUUUACCUGUAAUUUUUCUACAAGGAGUGAUAAAAAUGUAAGGAACUUCAAAUUAUUCAGAGCUUUCUUAGAAGAAGAUCUAUUCGAAGAAGAACCAGACACCAAGAAUUUCUUUUGUUUCUUUAGUCUCAAAAGCAUUAUCUUUUGAGUAUGACUUAGGAAGUCUCUUAAUGGCUUAUUCAUCUAAUUAGAAGCAGGCAAUACUUUCUUUGAGCAUAUAUGAGAGGUCUCCCAAUGAUUUCGCUUGUCCUUCUUAGCUCAUGCCAUCAUCAUAAGUAGAACCAUUGCAGCUCUUCCAAUAGACGAAACCUCUGAUAUAGGGAUCAAGAAUACCAGGAUUGAAACCUUUGUGGUCAUUAAUGUAAUUUAAGCGCUUCUUGUUUUCUUUAACAUUCUAAGCAAAAUUAUUUAAAACAUCUUAAUUUGAAUCGAUUGGUGAUUGA